AUGGAGGAAGGGAAGCCAGGGGAAAGUCUGACACUUCGCGCAGAAGGAGCGAGACCCUCCGCCGCCGCCGCCGCCGCCGGGGAGGAGCCCGUCCGGCUCGCAACGCCUCCCAGUCCCGAUCCCGGCACCGGCCCCGGCCCCGCACCGCGCUCAGCCCGCACCGCGCUGCCGUUCCGCUCUCCGCAGGUACCACGCAGCCCCACCGCUCCGCGCCGCGCCCCGCAGCACUUUUCCUCGCAUAGAAAGGUGCAGAUUAAACUUGGAUUGUUUGAAGAGUGGAGAGAUAUUUCACGGUAGUGCAAAAAGUGCAUAAGAAGAGAGCAAAAUGAGAGCUUCCCAAGUACCGAAUGCCUGCAGCCUGUUAUCUUUAGCAAUGCUGUUCCUUCCCGUCACUGGAACGUCAAAACAAAAUAUCCCAAGACUCAAACUUUCCUAUAAAGACUUGCAGCUUUCAAACAGCUGCAUCCCAUUCCUGGGCUCUACAGAGGGGCUAGAUUUUCGAACCCUGCUGCUAGAUGAGGAGAGGGGCCGGCUGCUCGUCGGGGCAAAAGACCACAUCUUCCUGCUCAACUUGGUUGAUUUAAACAAAAAUGUAAAAAAGAUUUACUGGCCUGCAGCAAAAGAAAAGUUGGAAUUAUGCAAACUAGCUGGGAAAGAUGCCCAUACAGAAUGUGCCAAUUUUAUUAGGGUCCUUCAGCCCUACAACCGAACGCAUGUUUAUGUCUGUGGCACAGGAGCAUUUCACCCUCUCUGUGGAUACAUUGAACUUGGCACUCACAAAGAGGAAACAAUAUUCAGGCUGGAUACUCAGAACUUGGAGUCGGGCAGGUUGAAAUGUCCUUUUGAUCCUCAGCAGCCAUUUGCAUCAGUGAUGGCAGAUGAGUAUCUUUAUGCUGGAACAGCUUCUGAUUUCCUUGGCAAAGACACUGCUCUAACACGUUCCCUGGGCCCUUCUCACGACCACCAUUACAUCAGAACUGACAUUUCUGAACAUUACUGGCUUACUGGAGCAAAAUUCAUUGCAACUUUUCCCAUCCCGGACACCUAUAAUCCAGAUGAUGACAAAAUCUACUUCUUUUUCCGAGAAAUAUCACAAGAUAGUAGCACCUCUGACAAGACAAUUCUUUCUCGAGUUGGGAGAGUUUGUAAGAAUGACAUGGGAGGUCAGCGGAGCCUAAUAAACAAAUGGACUACUUUUCUGAAAGCCAGGCUUGUGUGUUCAAUACCUGGUCCUGAGGGAGCUGACACACAUUUUGAUGAGCUACAAGAUAUAUUCUUACUUUCUACAAGAGAUGAGAGGAACCCUCUUGUAUAUGGAGUCUUCACUACAACAAGCUCUGUCUUCAAGGGCUCUGCAGUUUGUGUGUACAGCAUGGCAGAUAUCAGAGCUGUUUUCAAUGGCCCUUAUGCUCACAAAGAGAGUGCGGAUCAUCGAUGGGUGCAAUACGAAGGUCGUAUCCCCUAUCCCAGACCUGGUACAUGCCCAAGCAAAACCUAUGAUCCACUUAUAAAAUCUACCAGAGAUUUUCCCGAUGAAGUCAUUAGCUUUAUAAAGCGCCAUCCCCUGAUGUACAAAUCCGUUUACCCGCUGACGGGAGGACCAGUGUUCACGCGAAUCAAUGUGGACUAUCGCCUGACUCAGAUUGUGGUGGAUCAUGUCAUGGCAGAGGAUGGGCAAUAUGAUGUUAUUUUCCUAGGAACAGACAUAGGCACAGUACUGAAAGCAGUGAGUAUCACCAAGGAGAAGUGGAGUAAGGAAGAGGUGGUCCUGGAAGAGCUACAGAUAUUCAAGCAUCCUUCAUUUAUCUCAACCAUGGAGAUUUCUCAGAAGCAGCAACAAUUGUACAUUGGUUCCAGGGAUGGAUUGGUUCAGCUCUCUCUGCACAGAUGUCACACGUAUGGGAAGGCUUGUGCAGACUGCUGCCUUGCCAGAGACCCAUACUGUGCCUGGGAUGGAAACUCCUGUUCCAGAUACGCCCCCACUUCUAAAAGGAGAGCCAGAAGGCAAGAUGUCAAAUAUGGAGACCCUGUCGCACAGUGCUGGGAUGUGGAAGACAGCAUUAGUCAUGAAACUGCUGAUGAAAAGGUGAUUUUUGGCAUUGAAUUUAAUUCAACUUUUCUGGAAUGUAUUCCUAAGUCCCAGCAAGCCUCUAUUAGGUGGUAUAUUCAACGCACUGGAGAAGAGCAUCGAGAAGAGCUGAAGGCAGAUGAAAGGAUCAUCAAAACAGAGCAUGGGCUGUUGAUCCGCAGCUUGCAAAGGAGGGAUGCAGGAGCCUAUUUCUGCAAAGCCCAGGAGCACACCUUCAUCCACACCAUCGUGAAGCUGAAUUUAAAUGUCAUUGAGAAUGGACAAAUGGAAAGCACCCAGAAAACUGAGGAUGAGGAGGGUCGGGUGAGGGAUUUGCUGACAGAGUCCCGACUGAGGUACAAGGACUAUAUCCAGCUCGUCAGCAGCCCCAGCUUUAGCCUGGAUGAGUACUGUGAACAGAUGUGGCACCGGGAGAAACGGCGACAGCGAAACAAAGGUGGUGCCAAAUGGAAGCAUGUGCAGGAGAUGAAAAAAAAGCGAAACCGAAGGCAUCAUGAGCCAGCCAGGCCACCAUCCACAUAGUUUGCAAACACUAUUUAAAGAAAGGACACUUUCCAUGAAAAAAAUACUGUGUUUUGUUUUUGUGCAUCUUGCCUAUGAAUUAGUACUGCUUCUUAUUGAAAUAACUCAUCAUUGCUAUUAAUUUGUACAUGACUGUACAGUGGGGUUUGAUACCUUAUUGGAGAACCACCCACCAGGCAAUAAUUCCAAACGCAUUCAUUAAAAAGAAAAGAUGUACACUUUGAGCUAAUUUCUGGAUAGCCUGAGGCUACAUGAGCUGAGUUCUCCACUUUCUGCAUAAUUUUCACAUAGGAUUUAGUAUCCGUGUUCCCAUGUUAAUAUCUGCUGCCACGUUCCACCCAGACAUGGCUCCAUUUCAGGAGAGGGCAGAUGUAUUCGUAGUUCUUUGGCAUCUUUCUUAAUAAGAAGCACGGUAGAAAUGUGUGACAGAUCUGCAAAAAUACCCACUAAUUUACCCAUUGGGCUUCUAUACAGGCACAUGGGUGGGGUUUGCUAGCACAUAGAGGCUCAGCAAAAAAUCAAAUUAAGUACUGGCUUAGGGACAACAUUGAUUUUUCCCAUAUAUAUAAAAAAAAAAAAAAAAA